GCAGUCGGAGAAACGCUCCUGACGCUCGAAUUUCGCAUUCGCAUUCUCAUUCGCCAAUUAGCGGCCGGCGCGAGCGAGUCGUGUGCGGAAAAAUUUUAAGAUGGCCACGCGAGGAGCGAAUGUGAUUUGGUUCCGCCACGGAUUGCGUCUGCACGAUAACCCCGCCCUGUUGGCCGCCCUCGCCGACAAGGAUCAGGGCAUAGCCCUAAUUCCCGUUUUCAUAUUCGACGGGGAGAGUGCCGGUACCAAGAGCGUGGGCUACAACAGGAUGCGCUUCCUGUUGGAUUCACUGCAGGACAUCGAUGACCAGCUGCAGGUGGCCACCGAAGGACGUGGUCGUCUCCACGUUUUCGAGGGCGAACCGGCGCACAUUUUCCGGCGGCUGCACGAGCAAGUGCGUCUGCACAGGAUCUGCAUAGAGCAGGAUUGUGAGCCCAUUUGGAAUGAGCGCGAUGAGACCAUCCGUUCUCUAUGCCGGGAAUUAAGCAUCGACCUGGUCGAAAAGGUGUCGCACACGCUGUGGGAUCCGCGCACGGUGAUCGACACCAAUGGUGGCAUUCCACCGCUCACCUACCAGAUGUUCCUGCACACGGUGCAAAUAAUCGGGUUGCCGCCGCGUCCUGCCGCCGAUCCUCGCCUGGAUGAUGUCUCCUUCGUAGAGUUGGCUCCCGAGUUGCGCCGCAGUCUUGGUUACUUCGAGGAGCUGCCUACGCCGGAACACUUCAACGUGUACGGCGACAACAUGGGCUUUCUGGCCAAGAUCAACUGGCGUGGAGGGGAGACGCAGGCCUUACUUCUCCUGGAGGAGCGUCUCAAGGUGGAGCAACAUGCCUUCGAGCGGGGUUUCUACCUGCCCAACCAGGCGCUGCCCAACAUCCACGAUACGCCCAAGUCCAUGAGUGCCCAUCUGCGCUUUGGUUGCCUUUCAGUGCGUCGCUUCUACUGGAGCGUCCAUGAUCUCUUCAAAAAUGUCCAGCUGCGCGCCUGUGUUCGCGGCGUUCAGAUGACCGGCGGGGCCCACAUCACGGGUCAGCUGAUCUGGAGGGAGUACUUCUACACCAUGUCGGUGAACAACCCGAACUACGAUCGCAUGGAGGGCAAUGAGAUCUGCCUGACCAUUCCGUGGGCCAAGCCCAACGAGGACCUGCUGCAGCGCUGGCGCCUGGGCCAAACGGGUUUCCCGCUCAUCGAUGGCGCGAUGCGGCAGCUCCUCGCCGAGGGCUGGCUCCACCACACGCUGCGCAACACGGUGGCCACCUUCCUGACGCGCGGCGGGAUGUGGCAGAGCUGGGAGCACGGCCUGCAGCACUUCCUGAAGUAUCUCCUGGACGCCGAUUGGUCAGUGUGUGCCGGCAACUGGAUGUGGGUCUCCAGCUCGGCCUUCGAGCGGCUGCUGGACUCCUCGCUGGUCACCUGCCCGGUGGCCCUGGCCAAGCGACUUGACCCCGAGGGGGCCUACAUAAAGCAGUACGUCCCGGAGCUGAUGAAUGUUCCCAAAGAAUUUGUUCACGAGCCCUGGCGAAUGUCCCCGGAGCAGCAGGAGCAGUACGAGUGCCUGAUAGGGGUCCACUACCCGGAGCGCAUCAUCGACCUCUCCGUGUACGUGAAGCGCAACAUGAUGGCCAUGAAGGCGCUCCGGAACUCGCUGAUCACCCCGCCCCCGCACUGCAGGCCCUCCAACGAGGAGGAGGUGCGCCAGUUCUUCUGGCUGGCCGAUGUGGCGGUUUGAACCAUGAAGCCCAGUUAAAUUUGUACCAGUUUACACAAUAAAGGCACUAUUAGCGCUCGUGUAUUAUAUAUAUCAUUAAUAAUGCUUUAUUUUCUUCAAUUAAAAUAAUUACUACAAUACAA